AUGCCCAAGCAGCCAAGUGGGAAGUGGGUGCACCCCGGCCAGGACUUGAUCUGGGUGGUUUGGAUCCUUGCAGCUGCUGCCAAAGGGCUUGCUGCUGAUGCGCCAACCAGGAACACCAGGCUCAGCGGGGUCCGAGGAAAGCAAGUCUCUGUGCUGGGAAGCCUCACACCUGUGGACGUGUUCCUUGGGAUCCCCUUUGCUGCACCGCCUCUAGGAUCCCUGAGGUUUGCGGCUCCACAGCCAGCACUUCCCUGGAGAGGUUUCCGAGAGGCCACCUCCUACCCUAACUUGUGCCUCCAAGACACGCAGUGGCUGAUCACAAAUCAGCUCUUGCUGAAAGUGCAGUAUCCCCACCUCACAGUGUCGGAAGACUGCCUGUACCUCAACAUCUACACGCCGGCUCACGCUCUUCCUGGCUCCCAUCUCCCCGUCAUGGUGUGGUUUCCUGGGGGUGGUUUUGAGACGGGCUCAGCCUCCAUUUUCGAUGGGUCUGCCUUGGCUGCGUAUGAAGAUGUGCUGAUUGUGACCACCCAGUACCGGUUAGGAAUACUUGGCUUCUUCAACACAGGAGACCAGCAUGCUCCAGGAAACUGGGCCUUCCUAGACCAGGUGGCUGCCCUAACCUGGGUCCAGGAGAACAUCAAGUUCUUUGGCGGGAACCCAGGCUCUGUGACCAUCUUCGGAGAGUCGGCGGGGGCGAUCAGUGUUUCCAGUCUCGUUCUGUCUCCCAUGGCCAAUGGCUUAUUCCACAAAGCCAUCAUGGAGAGUGGGGUGGCCAUCAUUCCUUACAUGAAGGCCUCUGCUAAUGAGAGGGACCAGGAUUUGCAGUUGCUCGCACAGAUCUGUGGGUGCAACAGGAAAGACUCCAUGGCCCUGCUGCGGUGCCUGAGGGCAAAAUCCUCUGAGGAGUUGCUGAGCCUGAGUCAGAAAACAAAGUUUUUCACUCGGGUGAUCGAUGGUCAUUUCCUUCUUGAGGAUCCUCGAGAUCUAUUGAUUCAAAAAGCAUUUCAUCCCAUUCCUUCCAUCAUUGGCGUCAAUAACCAGGAAUGUGGUUACAUGAUACCCAUGAAGGAGGUCCCUGAGAUCUUCCAGAGCUCCAACAAGACUCUCCUAUACCACGCCAUACGAUCUGCCUUGCACAUCCCCAGGCCAUUCUGGAAGGUCCUGACUGAUGAAUACCUCCAUGACAAGCACUCUGUGGCUGAAAUUCAAAGCAGCUUCCUGGACUUGCUCGGCGAUGUGUUCUUUGUGGUCCCCGGCCUGGUCACAGCUCGGUAUCACAGAGACGCGGGGGCACCAGUCUACUUUUAUGAGUUCCAGCACCGGCCCCAUUGCUUUCGAGACUCGCGGCCAGCUUUCGUCAAAGCCGAUCACACGGAUGAAGUCCGCUUCGUCUUCGGAGGGGCCUUCCUGGAGGGCGACGUUGGCAUGUUUGAAGGAGCCACCGAGGAGGAAAAACUACUGAGCAGGAGGAUCAUGAAAUACUGGGCUCACUUCGCUCGAACCGGGAAUCCCAAUGGGGAAGGCUUGCCUCUGUGGCCAGCCUACAGUCGGCCUGAGCAGUACCUGCGGCUGGAUGUGAACAUCUCGGUGGGCGAGAGCCUGAAAGAGCGGGCAGUGGAGUUCUGGACGAAGACUGGGCCCCUGACCAAGUCCACCUCCAGGGCGCCCCUCUCCUGGGUUUCCUUUCCCCCUUGA